GGGCCCGGAGGGAAGGUGAGAGGGAGUGAAGGUGGGGGCACACAGCCAUCCAAGCGUAGCUCCUCCAGCUCAGUGAACAGGUGCGCCCAGGUGCUGUGCUGGACCUGAGGGGAGCCCGCCUCCCCUCCCCUUAAGCCCGGGCUUGCAAUGAUCCCGAGCGUCACGCUUCUGUUGUGAGCGUGUGUGGAGGCGUCUGGCUGGUUCACCUGCGCCCCUCCGCAGGUGCUGCCCAGGCCAGGCCCGGCCAGGCAGCCAUGGCCGACGAGAAGACCUUUCGCAUCGGCUUCAUCAUGCUGGGGCUCUUCCUGCUGGCCCUCGGCACGUUCCUCAUGAGCCACGACCGGCCCCAGGUCUAUGGCACCUUCUAUGCCAUGGGCGGUAUCAUGGUGAUUGGGGGUGUCAUCUGGAGCAUGUGCCAGUGCUACCCCAAGAUUGCCUUCAUACCCGCUGACUCUGACUUCCAAGGCAUCCUGUCUCCGAAGGCGCUGGGGCUGCUGGAGAACGGGCUCGCUGCCGAGAUGAAGAGCCCCCAGCCCCCCUACGCCAGGCUGUGGGAGGAAGCCGCCUAUGACCAGAGCCUGCCCGACUUCAGCCACAUCCCAAUGAAGGUCAUGGGCUACAGUGAAGACCCCCGCCCUCUCCUGGCCUCUGAGCCAGGACAGCUGCAGCGGGGAGCCAGCGAUGGAGGAGAAGGGGGCCCUCGUGCUCAGGCCUGGCUGGAAGCCGCUGUGGUCAUCCACAGGGGCUCAGACCAGGAUGAGGGAGAAAGACGCCCGAGUCAAGGCAGGCCCAGCCCCCAGACCUGUCCCCAGGGCCCUGCACCAUUGGCUUCCUUCCAAGAUGACCUGGACGUGGGAUCCAGUGAGGGCAAGCCCAACCUGUCCCCACCUCAGGAGGUAGAGCUUCCGCUCCCGCCUCCAGAGCCCUGGGCCUGCAGGUGCCAGCUGGACCGCUUCCAUGACUUUGCCCUGAUUGAUGCCCCCACAUUGGAGGAUGUGCCUCCAGAGAAGCUGCCGGAGGCAGCCCUGCCCAGCUCCUGGCAGCGGUCCCCAAGGACAAAGGAGGAGGAAGAGGAGGCAGCUUCGGACGCAGGAGCAGAAGAGCCAGAACAGGAAGAGGAAGACUUGUAUUAUGGGCUUCCGGACAACCCCGGGGACCCCCUCCCGGACAAGGAGCUGGGCUUUGAGCCCGACGUCCAGGGCUGAGGUGGAACUUCUCCCUGGGUUCUAGCCUGGUACCACUGCUGGCCCCCGGGUGACCUCACAGGGCCUCCAUUUCCCCAUCUGCAAAACGGGGAUAAAUGAAGGAUCCCAGGACACAUUCGGCCUGGGAGCAUUUUGAGAACUGCGCAGAAAUGCACAGGGAGCAGAUACAUUACAGGGCCACUGCUGUUCCACUUAUUAACUUUUUUUUCUCUGAAGGUAAAAUGUGAUUCGUUGAGAAGAUUUUCAGCAGCCAGCGCCCUCAAGAGCCUUUCUGCCUUCUCCCAAAGCUGGCCUCUGAGCAGGAACCCUCCUUGGUGCUAGUCAGGUCCCUGAUCCCCUGUGAAGCCUCUCAGGGUUCUCGAUCCUUCUGAGUCUUUUAGUCCACAUGGUGGAUGGCGUGAUCCGUCCUUACUCAGAGCUGACACCCUCGGCCCUCAUGCCUCUGUGGCUCCCGUUGCUCUGGAUCCAAAGCCUUCCUUGACUGACCUCUGGGGACCGCCCAGCUUUCUUCCCGGUCAGCCCCACCAUGCCCUGCCGCCCCAUCCCUUCUCAAGCCGUGUCCCCCACCAGGAUGCCCUGUGUCCCCUCUCUGCCCACAAAUGCAGGCUCAUCCUUUGAAGACGCCCCUCCUCUGAAAGCUUCUCCUGAUGUCACCGCCUCUGGACCGCGUUAGUCCUGGACCCUGUGUGCCCCUCUGGGCCUUGCACAUUUCUCAUGGAGCAGGGCUGCCAGCUCGAGGCCAGCGCCUUUGCUUUGCUCACCUUGGUCUCUCCCGUGCCUAGGCGGUGGUCACUGAGGGUGGACACAAGUGACCGACUCCAGGAGCCUUUUGCGGGAAACGCCCUCCCCUCCUCCCGACUCUCAAAACGUCUGACUUAACUACUUCGGCUCAGGUGGCAUUGAUGGAGCAUCUACUGUGUGCCAGAAGCCAAACUGGCAUCUUCCGGAGGAAAGAGAGAGAAACUGAUGGCAGUUCUUGCCCUCCGAGGACUCACAAUCCACUGAGCCUUCUAAGUUAGGCACAGAGUCCAGAGCAGGGGCUGAGGUGGGAGCCAAGGAGUUACAUAUUGCCGCAGCAGAGGCAGCGGAGUGAUAUCCACACAACCUUUGGGGCCUUGGGUACAGAGACAAAGAGCUCAGGCUGCCUUAGGGGCCCCGGUGGAUAUCACUGUGCUGCAGCAUCACGGAGAAAGGCACCUCUUAGGCUGCUCCCGGCAAAGCACAAGGACGGUGACGCUACCUCACUGCAGGUCCCCAUCCUCAGAGCCUGCACCCUGGGCCGGCCUGGGUUGCAGGGGGGGUCAUGGCGAGGGAAGGGCACACCCCUGGCACCCCUACCCCCCUUUUGGGGUCACUGCUACCUACCUCCAGCAGGCAAGCGCCUAGAGCAGGUGUUCCUGCUCGUGGCUCGUGCCUGGGCUCUGCUCACUCACGGAGGGGAGGGUGACCUGCAUCCGAAAGAACGCCGGUGGGAAAAGCUCAAAUAAACAAGCUUUCAGUGUUGGGAGCAGUCA